UCCCGCCGGGACCUGCGGCGGCGGCCAAAGUCAGCUGUGGGUGACGUCAGGCCGCUAUCCCGUGACGCCUGCGCUCGGCUCGGAGCUGGACCGGCCUCCUCGGAGAGGAAAGGACCCUCCCUAAGAGAAGCGAGCCACCAGCUGCCCAGCAGCCGGGAGAUGGGCAAGGUUUGUGCCAUUUUUGGAGGAUCCCGAGGAAUAGGCAAAGCUGUUGCAGAACUCCUGGCACAGAAGGGCUGUCGCCUGGCGAUCAUUGCUAGAAAUCUGGAAGUAGCCCAAACUACUGCACAUGAUCUUGGUGCAGGACAUCUGGCACUUAGCUGUGAUGUAUCCAGUGAACAAGAAGUCCAAAAGACUUUUGAGGAGAUGCAGAGGAAUUUAGGUCCUAUUAACUACUUGGUUAAUGCAGCUGGGAUCAACAGGGAUGGUUUGUUACUGAGAACCAAGACUGAAGAUAUGAUAGCCCAGAUUCACACUAACCUUUUGGGAACAAUGUUGACGUGCAAAGCUGCUGUAAAAGUCAUGAUUCAACAACAGGGAGGUGCUAUUGUCAAUAUAGGAAGUAUUGUAGGACUUAAAGGCAACUCUGGUCAAAGCGUUUAUAGUGCUACCAAAGCAGGAUUAGUUGGAUUUUCACGCUCUCUUGCUAAAGAAGUAGCAAAAAAGCAAAUUCGAGUCAACGUUGUAGCUCCAGGCUUUAUUCACACAGAGAUGACUGCUCAUUUGGAAGAAGAUCAGUUGAAGAAAGCAAUUCUCCUUGGAAGAUUUGGAGAGCCUCAUGAAGUUGCACAAGCUGUUGUCUUUCUUCUGGAAUCCCCAUAUGUUACAGGGAGUGUUCUAGUUGUAGAUGGAGGCUUGCAGCUUAUGACUUAGGUACUACCUUGAAUAAAUGCCUACUUUAAUGUCAUGAUGGUUACAUAUAAAUAUAUACCAAUUAAAGGGAGAGGGUUGGAAAUCGUUUGAAGAUUGAUGUAUGUAAUUGACUUGGUCUUAUCUAGUCAGAGGAGAAAUUCAGCAGCAGAGAAGUGCAACGUGUACAUUUAGCUACCUGGAAGAGUCCAUUUGGUAUUAUGAAGUCUGUGUAUGAAACAAUUUUAAAAAGAUCUGGUUUUGAUAUGGUGAUAACUUUAAUAACAUACUGAUAUGUUUUUAAAACACUGUUUUUUUUAUAAAGUCGUAUUAUCUAAUUUGGGAUAGAGUGGAGCUUUUAUUGGAAUUAUCAUGUUACACAAAGGUUAAUAAAGUGCAGAGGUAUGUUUGUUGGGUGGCAGGUAUGAUUGCAUCAAGUUUUUCAUGUAGGGCAAAGAUUGCAAACUGCAUAGUUUUGCAUUCUUAUCAGUUAGUCCCUACAAAGUAGCGAGGGGAUUCCUUCAGGCUUUGUUUGUUUGUAGCUAACACUACAAAGCUAGGAGCCUCUAGAUCUUCAGCAUACCUGAAUUGCCUUUAGGAGAUUUAAUUAUGUGCAGUGUGUUUUUGUGAAGAUGAAACCUACUCAGUUCCAUUCUUGGAUGUAUGUACAGCAUUCAUUUAAUACAGUAGCACUUGUGUGUACACACUGAAGGACUGUUGAUUGGAGUUGCUAAUCCUAUGAUAUUCUGAGUUUGAGCUGCACAGACCUUUUUGCAUAAAAGACUUUUCAAUGACUCAGUAGGUGUUUAGGAAACACGAUCACUUCCAGAGCAUGAAGUCAGUGCUUUGCUCUGUAUCUUGAACAGUCAGUUCAGCUGUUAAGUCGAUGCUCCUUGAUAUGUAUAUAUAGUCAAUAAAAUCACCAUUUAUUUUAUUCAAAA